AUGGCGGAAAGCUCCUCGAGUGCACGAUAUUCGACGCCACCUCUUAUAGUCCCGAACAAUUUAGACUUGACACCGGAACAAGUCAAACGGAUAGAGAUCAAUCGACUUCGAGCGAAAGCGAAACAGCGCGAAAGGGAGCAAGAGGCAUCUAGUUCAUCAGUACCUAAUGCCAACAAAAAACGCCCUCUUGGAGUUGUUCCUGCGACGUCGAGAUCUCCUACGGCCCCAAAACCUCCUCCCAAACUGAAACGUGAUUCCCAUCUCGGCAAAUACUUUGAGUAUGAUUUGUCCAAGAUGGUAAACUCAAAGGGAGGUUUUCUUGUCGAGGACGGGAAAGAAGCGGAUGCCGACAUAAGAGCUAAGGAGAAGGAGCGCGAAAGACAGAGAGCUAUGCAGAGCUUGGAACCUCCCAUCUUCCUUGAUCCGAAGCUCAAUCCUAAAUGCUAUGAGUGUCAAUCAAUAGAUAUAGAUCAGACGUUCAAGAAGGUCUUCGGCUGCCUUGUCUGCAACAAAUGUAAGUUGGAGAAACCGGAAAAGUACAGUCUGCUCACGAAGACUGAAUGCAAGGAGGAUUACUUGUUGACCGAUGCCGAACUUCGGGAUCAGGAAGUUAUGCCGCAUCUGUUGAAAGCGAAUCCUCACAAGUCCACCUUUGCCAAUAUGAUGCUCUUCUUGCGAUAUCAAGUCGAGGAAUUCGCCUGGAAGAAAUGGGGGUCUCCCGAGGCAUUGGACGUCGAAUAUGAGCGGCGGACUGCGGAGAAGAAGAGGAAGAAGAACAAGAAGUUCGAGGAAGGUUUGAAGGAGCUGCGAAGACGGACGAGAGAAACGGUCUGGCAAAAGAGGAAGGAUCAGGAGCACAGACAUGUAUUUGGUGUCAUAGAGAGAGGAGACGACGGCGUCGGGAAGCAAGUUUGUCACGAAUGCGGAUUCACGAUAGACGUCGAGGAGUUCUGA